CCAGAAUGUGCCUGAUGGGCUAACCGGAGCUGAGAUUUAUUAUAAAAUGUAUAUUUAGUACAUGUCGAUUUAUUACAUGUCGGAAGGAGAUGUAAUUUAGAAUUAACUCGUACUUUUGUCCGGCGCUGUCUGUUCUUUUCAAAGUUCAGAGAGAUUGUCCAUUGCUGUAUAGCCAGUAGUUUAGCUUAGGACCCAGCAAUGGCGGCGACCAGUCAAACCGGGGACCACACAAUGAGGACCAUCACCCACUUGAUGUUGCUGCUGUUGACUCUGCAGCAUGUUCAUGCUGCAUCUAAAGGUGUUGCGGCCAGUCUCAAAGCCAAGUGGCCCAUGACGCCUCUUUUACUUGAGACAAGUGAAUUCGUUGGGGAGGAGGGGGAAGAGAGGUUUUGGCAGUUUGUUGACACUGUGAAGGAGCUUACUGUAUAUAAGAAUGGAGAGUCUGUGAGAUCCUAUUAUAGCCUGAUUAUAAAGAAAGCUGGCCAGUUUUUGACUGCUCUUCAGGUCAGUCUCCUGAGGCUCGCUCUCUCAUUGAGAGCCUAUUCACCUGCUGUCCAUGCAUUCCAACAGAUUGCCAGUGAUGAGCCACCCCCCGAGGCCUGCGCAGCCUUCCUCUCGGUCCACGGCCAGCAUGCCUGCAGCACCAAGGACCUGAAGAAGCUCCUGAAGGCAGCUGCAGGCAGGCCGAAGCCAUACUUGUACAAGAAUGAUCAUAAGUUCCCUGGAGUCAACAGCACGGAUCUCCCAGUGGUGAUCCUCUAUGCUGAAAUUGGGACCAAGAAAUUCAACAUUUUCCACAAGCUCCUGGCAGAAAGGGCAGGCGAGGGCAAGCUCAUCUAUGUGCUCCGUCACUUCGUAGCGGAACCGAAGCCAAGAAAGAUGCUCCUGUCUGGAUACGGUGUUGAACUGGCUAUUAAAAGCACGGAAUACAAGGCUGUAGAUGAUACACAAGUCAAAGAUACGAAAUCAGCAGCAAACGGUGAAGAUGAUGACACUGACGAGGUUCAAGGUUUUCUUUUUGGAAAACUAAAGAAAUCCCACCCAGAUUUGAAGGAGCAGUUAGGUGAACUCAAGAAGCACCUUGUUGAAAGCAGUAACGACAUGGCCCCACUGAAAGUGUGGGAGUUGCAAGAUCUCAGCUUUCAAGCAGCAGCCACUAUCAUGUCUGCACCAAAGUAUGACUCCCUCAAGUUAAUGCAAGACUUGAGUCAAAACUUUCCCAGCAAAGCUAGAUCACUGACAAGGGUGGCCGUAAACCAAGAAAUGAGAAAAGAAAUUGAGGAGAACCAAAAGCGUCUGGGCGACACCAUGGGGAUCCACCCUGGAGACGCCGGGCUCUUCAUUAACGGCCUGCACAUUGAUCUGGACGUCCACAACCCCUUUAGCAUCUUGGACAUAAUCAGAGGGGAAGCCAGGCUCCUGGAGGGGCUGCAUAACUUGGGCAUGAAAGGGGAGCAGGUGGGGGCAUUUCUGCGCUUGCCGAUGAACGCCGUGGAGGACAGCUAUGCUCUGGACAUUCGGCAUCCUGCUAUUGUGUGGGUUAAUGACAUUGAAAGCGACUCUAUGUAUCGGACCUGGCCCUCAGGCAUCCAGGAGCUUCUGCGGGCCACAUUUCCUGGUGUCAUCCGCCAGAUACGACGGAACUUCUACAAUCUGGUUUUGUUUCUGGACCCUUCUCAAGAGGACAGUACUGAGCUGGUCAAACUUGCUGAGCUUUUCUACAAGCAUAAAAUUCCACUCAGGAUUGGAUUUGUCUUUGUUGUCAAUACAGAUGACGAAGUGGAUGGUUCCUCGGAUGCUGGUGUAGCAUUUUGCCGAGUGUGGAACUACAUCGAAGAGGAGUAUGAUAUCUCCCAGGCUUUCAUGUCUAUGAUAUCAAUGUAUAACAAAGUAGAUGUGGGAGAGACGUUGUCUGUAGAGACGGUGUCUGCAUAUUUGAAGAGGAAAUUUCCGAAAGCCAACCCUGCCAAGAUCCUCGGAGUGGAUUCAGCCUAUGAUGAGAAGCGGAAGGCUGGCGGGGAGUUCUACAGGAAGAGUGGGUUGGGCCCUGUACCGGUGGGCCUCUUCAAUGGCGUCCCACUCGGCGGUGAGGAGAUGGAUCCAGAGGAACUGGAGACCGUGUUGCUUCAGCGCAUCAUGGACGCCACCAACUUCUUCCAGAGGUCUGUGUUCAUGGGCCAGAUUGGUGAGGGAGUGGAUGUGCUGGACUUCCUGAUGGAGCAGCCUAGCGUGGUGCCUCGGAUCAACCCCCUCAUUCUGAGCACGGACAGGAAGUACCUGGACUUCACCGCCUCCCCAGUGUCAGAUGACUGGGAAGAUGCAUCCAUGUUCUCAUAUAUGGAUUCAAAGGAUAAAACGGGUGUUGUCGCCAAGAGAAUGAAAUAUUUUGCCAAGAGUGAUGAGGAGUCGGUCCAAGGAGUGACCGUGUGGCUAAUAGUGGAUGUUGGAGAAGCUUCUGGGAGACGGCUGCUGCUGAGUGCUCUAAAGCAUAUGAAGUCCAGCUCCAACACCCGUGUGGGGGUGAUUAAUAACCCGAGUGGGAAACUGACGGAGGAGAGCACGCUCCUGUACCGAGCCCUCUGGGCCUCCCUCCUCACCCACAGGAGCAAGGAAACCUUCAGCUUCGCCCAGAAACUCCUCAAAGAGGAAAACAUCCAGCUUCUGCAGCAAGGAACCAAGAUAAAAGAACUGCUGCUAUCGGGCAUGGACGAGGACUCCUUUGAAAAGACGCUGAACACCAUGGAGCUGGACUUCCUCCGCAGCCAGCAGCGCUUCUGCCAGGAGGUGCUGAAGCUGAGCGCUGGGCAGAGGGCCGCGGUCAGCAACAGCAGGAUCUUGGGACCAUUUGAGGAGGAAGAAGAACUCACUGCUGAAGACUUCCAGUUGCUGGAGAAGAUUACACUCAGCACAUCAGCUGAGAAAAUCAGAGCCAAAGUCAAACAGAUGGGCUUGAAGGGGGAAAAGGCCAGUGAGUUAGUCAUGAGGGUGGACGCUGUCCUGUCUGCUGCUCCCAAGACUGAGGCCAGGAAGGAGGUGAAUUUCCCCAAGGACAAUCACAGUGUUCUGCAUCUUUCCCCUCGCGAAGAUGAGCUGUUCUACGACGUGGUCGCCAUUGUGGACCCCCUGACUAGAGAGGCACAGAAGUUGUCACCUUUGUUGAUUGUGCUUGGGCAAGUGGUCAAUAUGAAACUGCAGGUGUUCCUGAACUGCCGUGCCAAGCUGUCGGAGAUGCCCCUGAAGAGCUUCUACCGCUUUGUCCUGCAGCCGGACGUCACGUUCCUGGGGAACGACAGCAUAUCGGCCGGGCCGAUGGCUCUCUUCGUCGACGUGCCGGAGUCCCCUCUCCUCACGCUCAACAUGAUCACUCCCGAGAGCUGGAUGGUGGAGGCCGUGAGGAGCACCUACGACCUGGACAACAUCCACCUCCAGGAGGUGAGCGGGGUGGUUGCUGCGGAGUACGAGCUGGAGUAUCUGCUGCUGGAGGGACACUGCUUUGACCUGUCCACGGGUCAGCCUCCGCGCGGCCUGCAGUUCACCCUGGGCAUGAGUCAGGACCCGCUCAUGCAGGACACCAUCGUCAUGGCCAACCUGGGUUACUUUCAGUUAAAGGCCAACCCAGGGGCCUGGAUCCUAAGGUUGCGUACGGGGCGGUCAGAGGAUAUCUACCAGAUACUUGCACAUGAUGGCACAGACUCCCCGGCUGAUGCUGGAGAUGUCAUUGUUGUCCUGAACAGCUUCCACAGUAAGAUCAUCAAAGUCAGGGUCCAGAAACGUCCUGACAAACUUCAUGAGGACCUUCUGAGUGAAGCCACUGAGAGCAAAGGACUCUGGGACUCACUAACAAGUGUAUGGAGUUCUUUGGAGAAAAGCAUCACCGGCACCGCCUCGGAUGAUGGGGAGAAGAAGAAGAAGCAAGAUGUGCUCAACAUCUUCUCUGUGGCCUCCGGACAUCUGUAUGAGCGCUUCCUGAGAAUAAUGAUGCUGUCGGUCCUCCAGCACACCCAAACCCCUGUCAAGUUCUGGUUCCUGAAGAACUUCCUCUCCCCGUCCUUCAAGGAGACCAUCCCUCAGAUGGCAGAGGCCUACGGCUUCCAGUAUGAGCUGGUUCAAUACAAGUGGCCUCGCUGGCUUCACCAGCAGACGGAGAAGCAGCGCAUCAUCUGGGGCUACAAGAUCCUCUUCCUGGACGUGCUCUUUCCCCUGGCCGUCGACAAAAUCAUCUUUGUGGACGCAGAUCAGAUUGUGCGGGCCGACGUGAAAGAGUUAAGGGACUUGGAUCUGGAGGGAGCCCCCUACGGCUACACGCCAUUCUGCGACAGCCGGAAGGAGAUGGAGGGAUACCGCUUUUGGAAGCACGGUUACUGGGCCUCCCACCUGGGUCACAGGAAAUACCAUAUCAGUGCAUUGUACGUGGUGGAUCUGAAGAAGUUCAGGAAGAUUGCUGCUGGCGAUCGGCUUCGUGGUCAGUACCAAGCGUUGAGCCAAGACCCAAACAGCCUCUCCAACUUGGACCAGGACCUCCCCAACAACAUGAUCCACCAGGUGGCGAUCAAGUCUCUGCCUCAGGAGUGGCUGUGGUGUGAGACCUGGUGCGAUGAUGUAUCCAAGAAGACUGCCAAGACCAUAGACCUUUGCAAUAACCCAAAGACCAAGGAGCCCAAGCUGGCCGCUGCUGCCAGGAUUGUGUCCGAGUGGACCAAAUACGACACGGAGAUCAAGCAGUUCCUGCGGCGCGUUGAGGAGGAGAAGGGCCAGCAACCCCAUGGCCAGCCCGCGGCUGCACAGGACAGCAGAGGAAGUCAACGUGAUGAACUUUAGCACCUGCUGGUGCGCACUGUGCUGAAGAGGAAAGUGAGAUUUGCACCUAAUCCUCCUGUGAAGCUUGAAGACUACAGCUGUGCAAAGAUGUAAAUUUCUCAUGAACAUUGCCAGGAAGUAUUUCAGCUGAAGUGGCACCAGUGGGGCUACAGAGCUAUUCUUUUCUAAAAGAAGGAUUUCGUAUACAGUACUUUUGUAUUUAUGGAUGAGGCUCAGUUCCCUCUAUGACUCAGACUCCAACUGCUGUAAAUGACCAUGUGCUUUUCUGCGACACUGACAUGAGAGGCAGGGGUCAAGGGUCAAGGGUCAGGGGCAGCUAUCUCCGUCUGCUCUGUGGGUAUUUGUGGUGUGACUCUGUACAACUUAAAUUCACUAUUGCACUGGUUUGUAGGCAUAAUUCUUCUCAUUGGUCCAUAUCUCACCUGAGGCACAUUCCUAUGGGGGAGGGAUGCAUUGGUUCUUUCUACCUGUCAAUCAUUGUUGUUCAUAAUUGCUGUUUACAAUCUUUUAUACAAAGUUAUGAAAAAGGGUGACCUGCCCUUCUAAAAACUGAAUGUUUGCCAAGAUUAAAUCUUUUUUUAUUACUGGGAUUUUUGUUAAGUACUCAUACAUUCCCUUUGUCUUUUUAAAUGCCUGGUUCAUUCCCUUUGGCUCAUUUAAUUACAUGUCUAGUCAUUAAGUGCACUAUUAUCUGAAAUAAAAUUUUAGUUGAUGAAAUAUUUUCAUACAUAGAAGUCAUGAGAAGUCAUGUUGUGGAAGUCUUACUCCCUGCACCAGAGGUCAGUGCAUAAUACAUUCGACGUAAACUGUGUAAUAAUUUACUAUCGCCAAUGGAGUAUCUGGCAGGGCGAUCAGAAUUUAUGGCCCAGAUAGAUUGAAACCAGUACAAAGCGUUCAUUUUUCUUACAUUCAAUAUUUAUUUCCUCCUCAACUGUUAAUUAGUAGUAAAAGAGUUUUUUUUUUGUUUUUGUUUAUAUAUUUAUGCAGGGAUGUAGGCAAGUCAUCACAGAUGCAUUAUGUUUUGGCCUUAGUCUGUCUCUUGCCUUCAUAUCUCAAACCAAUGCCCUCAGGAAGAAGGUGAUGAACUCGUGGUUUCUGUGAUCGGGGUUAUUCGAAGAAGGUGACAAACUCAAGGUUUCUGUGAUCGGGGUUAUUUGAAGGUGAUAACCUCGUGGUUUCUGUGAUCGGGGUUAUUUGAAGAAGGUGAUAAACUCGUGGUUUCUGUGAUCGGGGUUAUUUGAAGAAGGUGAUAAACUCGUGGCUUCUGUGAUGGGGGUUAUUUGUAUUCAUCAUCAGAGGUCCAGUUCAAGCGUGGUUACUAAUGACAUUAUAUCAUUCCUGAGCAGUUCUAGAGUCAACUGGGAUACAAUUGUACCUGAUUUUUUAAAUUUGAUCUUUUGUCUUCAUUUCUUCAUGUCCUCUGUAUGGUUAUUAUAACUGAUCCUUUAAAAUCUAUGAUGUGUCCUUUUGCCUUUUUUGGGCCUCAUGUAUCAAGUUCCUCACACAGACUGUAAAUACAUGAUGAAUAAAACGUCCUGAGCUUGUAUGUGGGAAUUUGA